GCCCUUGGCUUUGGCUGGCACCAGGGAGAAGGAGAGCCAGCAGCACUGAGUGACCAGGCGGAUGUUCCCCCAGGAGAGUUCCUUCCAAUCCUCCCAGUUCCUACUGCUGGUAGGGCUCCCAGUGGCAAGUGUGCUCCUUCUGGCCCAGUGCCUCCGAUGGCACUGUCCUAGAAGGCUGCUGGGGGCCUGCUGGAAGCCGAAUGGCCAAGAGGACCCAGUACCCCAGCCUACACCCCUACCAGAAAAUGAGGCCCCAAGGCAAUACCUACCAGCCACACUGACGGAGAUGGCUGCCUUCUACCAGGAACUGCACACACCCACUCAAGGCCAGACUGUCAUCCGCCAGCUGAUGAACAAACUACUGGUGUUUUCAGCUCGAGAGGUGGAUCACCGUGGUGGUUGCCUGAUGCUCCAGAAUACAGGCAUCUCCUUGCUCAUCCCGCCAGGUGCUGUGGCCGUGGGCCGCCAGGAGCGGAUGUCUCUGAUCCUUGUGUGGGACCUGUCGGAUGCCCCAUCACUGUCCCAAGCCCAGGGUCUGGUCAGCCCUGUGGUGGCAUGUGGCCCCCAUGGGGCUACCUUUCUAAAGCCUUGCACCCUCACAUUCAAACACUGUGCCCAGCAGCCCAGCCAUGCCCGCACCUACAGCAGCAACACCACCCUGCUGGAUGCCAAGGCCUGGAGGCCCCUGGGGCGGCCAGGGGCCCACACCUCCCGGGACGAGGUUCGCAUCCACCUCUCUCACUUCAGCCUUUAUACCUGUGUGCUGGAGACACCCACGGGGCGUGGGGCUCGCAAAUGGUUGCAGCUGGCUGUAUUCUGCUCACCGCUGGCGCCUGGGCAGUCCCACCUGCAGCUGCGUGUCUACUUCCUCAACAACACGCCUUGUGCCCUGCAGUGGGCCCUGACCAAUGAGCAGCCCCACAGUGGGCGUCUGCGUGGGCCCUGCCAGCUCUUCGACUUCACUGGGACAAGAGGCGACCAGUGCCUGAAGCUCAAGUACAUCUCGGAGGGUUGGGAGAAUGUGGAUGACAGCAGUUACCAGCUGGUUCCUCAUCUCCACAUCUGGCAUGGAAAGUGCCCCUUCCGCUCCUUCUGCUUCCGGAGAAAAGCAGCCAGUGAGAAUGAGGACUGCUCGGCACUAACCAAUGAAAUCAUUGUCACCAUGCACACCUUCCAGGAUGGCUUGGAGACCAAGUACAUGGAAAUCCUCAGAUUCCAGGCAUCAGAGGAGGAAUCCUGGGCAGCUCCACCCCCUGUCUCCCAGCCAUCCCCAUGCAAUAGGCUUCCCCCAGAGCUCUUUGAGCAGCUGCAGAUGUUGUUGGAGCCAAACAGCAUCACAGGCAAUGACUGGCGCAGGCUGGCCUCCCACCUAGGGCUCUGUGGCAUGAAAAUUCGGUUCUUAUCCUGCCAGCGCAGCCCCGCGGCAGCCAUCCUGGAGCUGUUUGAGGAGCAGAACGGCAGCCUGCAGGAGCUGCACUACCUCAUGACCGUCAUGGAGCGGCUGGACUGCGCCUCCGUCAUCCAGAACUACCUGGGCAGGACAAACAGCGGCAGCCCAGUCCCCAUCCGUGGGAGCGCCUGGGACAACCAGGCCCUGGAGCUGGACGAGAAGCUCUGA